GUCUAACAGGAGUGACGGCCAGCACAAUUGGCAUCCCCGGAGUACCGAUCCAAAGUGGCGACAGAAAUGACAACGCGUGGCCCUGGUCCACCACGGCGCACCGCCUGCUGCUGCGGGACUUCUUUUGCCCGACUCAACGGUGCGACUUCUGCGGAUCGUGGAUGCUUCGAGACCCGACGGGCCGACACUGCAACCAGUGGAGUUACAGCGGAGGCGAGCAGCAGUCGGGCGACCCCCGCCAGGUUCACCCCAGCGCGGAAACGGGCCAGCCACUCAACAGGCACGCCCUCGACCUCCUUGAUAGCACCCUGCAACUUCAGCUGGUCAGGGCAGGCAUGCGAUACGCCCCAAUCGCAGAGCACCUUUACUUUCCAGCUCAGCCGGGCCCCACGGAUUUUACCCCGACCUGGCUCGUGGGUGAGCUUCUGGGAGCCUGGAGGCACAUGGCGUCCCAACCCGGCACAUGGGCCAACAGCGGCUUCAUCGACAGAGCAGACCUUGGAGACGAGAUGCAACUGCGCCCAGCAGUGGCCGCCCUCGCCCUGCUUUGCUCCGCGCCAGAGUCCUGGGCCCUUGAG